AUGCUGUUCCGCAAACGUAAGCCAAAAAGUGACGAUGAAGUCAUUACUUUCGACGAACUUACCCGGUUUCCGAUGACUUUCUACAAGACCAUCGGCGAGGAUCUGUACUCCGACAGGGAUCCCAAUGUGAUAAGGCGUUACCUGCUACGGUUUUAUCUGGUACUCGGUUUCCUCAACUUCAAUGCCUAUGUAGUGGGCGAAAUCGCGUACUUUAUAGUCCAUAUAAUGUCGACGACUACUCUUUUGGAGGCCACUGCAGUGGCACCUUGCAUUGGCUUCAGCUUCAUGGCCGACUUUAAGCAGUUUGGGUUGACAGUGAAUCGAAAGCGAUUGGUCAGACUGCUGGACGAUCUCAAGGAGAUAUUUCCCCUAGAUGUAGAGGCGCAGCGGAAGUAUAACGUAUCGUUCUACAGAAAACACAUGAACAGGGUCAUGAACCUAUUCACCAUCCUCUGCAUGACCUACACCUCGUCCUUUAGCUUUUAUCCAGCCAUCAAGUCGACCAUUAAGUAUUACCUUAUGGGAUCGGAGAUCUUUGAGCGCAACUACGGAUUCCACAUUUUGUUUCCUUACGACGCGGAAACGGAUCUAACGGUCUACUGGUUCUCCUACUGGGGAUUGGCUCAUUGUGCCUAUGUGGCCGGAGUUUCCUACGUCUGCGUGGAUCUCCUGCUGAUCGCGACCAUAACCCAGCUAACCAUGCACUUCAACUUCAUAGCGAAUGAUUUGGAGGCCUACGAAGGAGGCGAUCAUACGGAUGAAGAAAAUAUUACAUACCUCCACAACUUGGUUGUCUAUCAUGCCAGGGCGCUGGACCUUAGCGAGGAGGUCAACAACAUAUUUAGUUUCUUGAUCCUGUGGAACUUUAUUGCCGCCUCGCUGGUGAUUUGCUUCGCAGGCUUUCAGAUUACAGCCUCCAAUGUGGAGGACAUUGUAUUGUACUUCAUAUUUUUCUCAGCUUCGCUGGUUCAAGUCUUUGUGGUCUGUUACUACGGCGAUGAAAUGAUCUCUUCAAGCUCUCGAAUUGGCCAUUCCGCAUUUAAUCAGAACUGGUUGCCGUGCAGCACCGAAUACAAACGCAUCCUGCAAUUUAUUAUUGCGCGCAGUCAGAAGCCCGCCUCUAUAAGACCGCCCACCUUUCCACCCAUAUCUUUUAAUACCUUUAUGAAGGUAAUCAGCAUGUCGUAUCAGUUUUUUGCACUGCUCCGCACCACGUAUUAUGGUUAA